AUGAAUAAAUCUAAUGUUGACUUUCUUGAUUUACCUAAUAAAAUCUUACUUAUCAUUUUAAAAAACCUUGACAAUAUCGAUGUUCUUUAUUCAUUGUUGGAUGUUGGUAAUCAACGACUUCACAUUAUAUUACAAGAAAAUAUUUUCACUAAUGCUCUCAAUUCUGUAUUAACAACAUUCACUGAUGAUAUAUCCUCGAUUAGUGAUACAAUAGUUGAUCGAUUUUGCAUAAAUAUAUUGCCAAGAAUUCAUCACAAUGUUAAAUCUCUUAUUCUUGAUUCAGUAUCUAUGGGACGUAUUCUUCUUGCUGCUGAUUAUCCUAAUCUAACUGAACUUAAACUCUUUAAUUUUAAUGAUAACAUUGCUUCACGUUAUUUUAUAGACUGUCUUAAUGAAACAUUAAAACAUUAUACAAUAGAUAUGUAUGGAUAUAUUUUGGAAUUCUUCGAAAAUCUAAGACAUUUAUCUAUUAUUGGAUCAUCUCGCUGUUCUUUUGGAAGUUUAAUAUAUUAUAAUUUACCUUCAAGCACCUUCUCCUCUUCAACUCUUAACAAAUUAUGUAUUCGUGUGAUAAAUUAUGCAGAUUGUCUUACUGUACUUGAUGGUCGUUUCAAACAAUUAACAACCUUGAUUGUUGAUAUUAUUGACGUGUCACAUCAUUCAUCAGAUGUUUACAAUAUGGAUGAUCUACCUAAUUUGAAAUGUUUUUCUUUAACAACAACGUCUACUUGCUCUGUUGAUACAUAUAUUAAAAUAUCACUUCUUUUUCGUCGUAUGAUAAAUCUUGAACAAUUAACCUUGUAUCUUACUAUCAACAUGGAAACUGCAUUUAUCGAUGGUACUCACAUUUAUAAUGAAAUUCUUGUCCAUAUGCCACAACUUCAUAUAUUCAAUUUUUGUAUUUGUACUGAGAUUGAUAUAGAUCGUUUAGUUGAUCAUUUAUCUAAAGAUGAUAUUCAAGAAACUUUUCCUAACACAAUAUAUCAAGCAAUGGACUGUAUGAUACAAUAUAACUAUCAAGAUGCUAUAUGUCAUGUCUUUUCAUUACCAUUCAUGUUUGAUUAUCUCGGAUGUAUUGGUAAUACAUUUCCUAGUAUUAUUUUCAAUCAUGUUAGAAGAUUGACGGUGUGUGAUGAAGUUGCAUUUGAACAUGAAUUUUUCAAUCGAAUUGCUUGGUCUUUUCCUUUGCUUAAACAUUUAUGUGUUAUUAAUUUUAAUUCCCAGUCACAAAUAUCAAACAAAUUGAACUCUAAUGAUAAUCAAUUGAAUUCAAUUGUUAAAUAUUCACAUCUUAUUUGGCUUCGUAUUGAUAGUGUUCAUAUUGAUUAUGUCGAGCAAUUUCUCAAUGAGACAAAAACACAUCUACCUUGUCUAACCAAGUUAUCAGUCUAUUAUAAUCAUUUAAAAAUUGUAACAAAAAACUUUACAAGAUAUAUAACACGACGCAAUUGUAUCAAAGUGAACGAAUUAGAUAUUGGUAAAGUAGAACAUUCAAAAGAUUUCAAUGUUUGUUUUCCUGUGUUAUAA